GCAACUGCGCAACAAGGAUGGUAGAGUUAGCGAAUGGGCAUGGCUCGAAUGGGGUUCAGCAUACCGCGAAGGCUGAGAGCAUUAUCUUCCUCGGUACAGGCACCAGCUCAGCCGUCCCCGUCAUUGGUUGCUUGACCCAGGAGAACCCGGCAUGCGAAGUUUGCAUUUCUGCAAUGGACCCGAAGAGCAAGAACAGGAGGCUUAAUACCGGUGCUGUCAUCACGAUUGAUGUUGGUGAGCCAACGCGCAAGAACCUUGUGAUUGAUUGCGGAAAGACGUUCUACCAUGCUGCGCUUGCUCAGUUCCCAAGACAUAAGCUGCGCAGAGUGGACGCGGUGCUAUUGACACAUGCGCAUGCGGAUGCGUUCUUCGGGUUGGAUGAUUUGAGAGGCUGGACUCUCGGUGGACUUGUGCAAGAUACCAUUGACGUUUACGUCUCCAAGGAGACCAUGGACACCAUCGCCCUUACUUUCCCAUACAUGGUAUCGAAAGAUGCGGGUACGGGAGGUGGUGACCUGCCUCAAUUCAACUGGCAUGUAUUUGAUCCUACCAAAUCAUUCCGCAUUCCAAGCUGCGGUAACAUUGAAGUUACUCCUCUACUCGUCGAGCACGGCAGAUACUUCUCUGGAGUACCUCGGCCGUUCAUGUCAUUAGGGUUCAGAGUGGAUGGCCUCAGUUACAUCUCGGAUGUAAGCGCUGUGCCGCCAACUACCGCACAGUUACUGCACGGAACGAAGGUGUUUGUGCUUGACGGGUUGAAGGAUGCUCCACAUGCUUCUCAUUUCAGUAUUGGACAAGCGGUAGACUUUGUAAGAACGUUGCCAGAGAUGCCGUCCAAGACCUUCCUUGUGGGAUUUACCCACGAAUCAACUCAUGAGGCAUUAGAGAGGAGAUUAGAGGGAGUCCAGGACUUCUAUGUCAGACCAGCGUUCGACGGAAAGAGGAUAAAGCUCAUUGGAGGUUAUGAAGAGUCAUAAAUAAAGUAAUAUAGUCAUAAUAUACCUUGCAAUUUCCCAAC